GGAAAUAGGUCAGAAGUGCCCGACGUGGUAUGUAUACACGAGUCGUUUUAAUUUUCCUGCUACAGCGACAACUACAACAGCUAUUAAUUCAAGUUCUUAUUCUUACAACGCUCUGCAGUUCUUUCUCCGCUUUAGAUCUAGUCCAAGAGCCGGUAAAUGUUCUACCUCCCAACUACAUCAGGCUACGUCUACUGAAGACUGUAUGCCCUGCAAAAUGAUACGUUAUUGAUUUUUCUCCAUCAGCACUCCUUGCUGCAGCGCAGAAAACUUCUGCGCGCGACGAGCAAAGGACAAUAUGGCGAACCUGACGCAGAGGCAGCAGGCACUGCUGGAGGAUGUUUCAGCCAUGGUGGCGACGGCGUCGUCCUCUUCCUCAAGUUCCAAACCGGUAAAGGAGGAGGACUUUUACCGGUUCUUCCAGAAAAUGGAGCGGCAAUACGAAGAGGAAACGGAGUCGCUGGCCUAUCUGACGAACUGGGGCUGGAUUUUCCACCACCAGCAACUUUGUCACGAGGUGCGGCUUCAUUCGAUGAUUUUUGCCUGGCAUGCUGUUCUUGUUGUAAAUGCUGUGAGACCUCCUCAGCUGCACGUAGGGCGCAGUUCCACAAGAAGCAGACCAAUGUUCUAAAGUUCUCUAACAUACUCAUCCUCCUUAUUCGCCUCUCAGGUCUGCGAUUCCCUUGCGCUCGCUUUUGAAAAAUUGGAGCAGGUGGAGCAUUUUCGGCGCGAAGUCUCGCACAAAUGCGACGUAUCCUGUGUAAAAACGUCCCCAUCCCAGAGUCAAGAUGGAAGUUUUGCAAGACAAAUCGUGAAGAACUUGUCCGGCUCACGUAUGACAAACUUGGUUAUGCAGUGUAGUCGUGUCUAGCUAAUUCAAACGCAUAAAUACAAAUCCACUGUCUUGACCUGUUUAGCGCACGACAGAUUUGUUCCAAGCAUCACUAGAAACUGCCUCUCAUCUUCAUGGAGUGCCGCAUGACACACAUUAUACUGGGCAUGCAGAAUUGGGGUGGGUCCGUUUCUACACUGGAUACGACGUGCUACACCACCAGUGCGAACACUUGUUGAAAGAACAACACGUCCUGGAAGAGUACACGAAGUCGAUCAGCGAGAGGCUGGAGAAGUUCGACCGUGUGGUGGACCUGCAGCGGAUCCUCGACCGCGGCCCCCACUCGGCUCCGACGGACGAAUUCGAGCGGUGUUUGGAUGCGUUGGACGACGGCAUAGCGUUUCUGGAAAGGCAUCCGGAGUACUACGACUCGAAGCAGUAUCUGCGCGACUACGACCAAAUGCGCCGCCGUGCGUGCCAGAUGCUCAAGACGCAGGUCUGUAGGAACUUGGAGCGGACACUAGAGCAGGUUUUGGAACAAGUCGAGUCCGCGGCGGGCGGGAAAAGCGGGUAUCGGGAAGAAGAGGAGAAAGAAUUUGUUCAUUGUGAUUGAUGAAUAAAAUCGAGAAAACUUCUCCCCUGGCCCCUGGGCCCCUGGCCGCUAGUACAAGACUUGUUCCAAUCGGAAUUCGAGUCGUUCUCUCAAAUAACAACUACAGGUACGAGACGUCAGUUUUCUACGUGCGGUUCCGCGCUGCGGCGACCCACAUGAAGCCGCUGGCGCAGCAGCUCUACCGCAGACGCGACGGCGCGGACAUCUACGGCCAGGCGCUGGACGAGCUGGAAAACUUUUUCGUGCAGAUGCGCAUUCGCUUGGUGUCCGGUCCCUUGCAGCAGCACAUGCAAAACGUGAUGGUGAACUUCCAAGAAGACCCCAGCGCCUGCAUCCGACAGAUCUCCACCUACGUGUUGAAACUCUGUAUUUUAGAGAAACAAACUUUCCUGGCCUACUUCGACGCGCGACACCCGCAGGACUCGCUUGACGGUCUGAUCAAGCACUUCGGGACUCUGCUUUACGAUCUCAUCCGGCCUUUGAUACUCUCGUUCGAUGACAUCGUAUCCAGGAUGAAAAAAUGUGUUACAGUUACUUGCACAUCUGUUGGAACUUCAGCAACGGAAACUUGCUCUACAUGGCAAAGAAAAAUUCUAAAGAUUAUUUAUGGAAAACAGAAACACGCAUGAAUAUGCAUGAAAUUAUUAUGAGCCUGGCAGGCAGUCGCAUUUUGCCUCGCUUGUCUUGCAGCAGGGUUUUUAACUGUAAGCUUUUUUUCUCAGGAUACAUCGACGUGCUUCGGGAAAUUGCGGACGCAUUGCAGCUAUGCAUUGCAAAAGUAUCGUACUCGUACUAAUCGCAUUUAUGCAGUACAGGUUUUUUUGUCAAGUUAAAUCCGCAUUCCAAAUUUCAUUUCUCAUGCUGAGGAAAUUUGUCAUGCGAUUUAUACUUCUAGUACGAUACUCAUACUUUUGCACUGGAUAGCAGCUCGACAUUCUACAGCCGCACCAGUCCGACGUGGCGAGCGGGAAAUCAGGUCAGAGAAAUGUGAUAUUGACUGCCGAAAAACAGACAUGUUUAUUAUAUUACUCCAUGUUAUGAUUAAAAAUUGUUAACCGACCGGUGCUCUUCUAUCAAUCGAGCAGCAUGAUCACUUUAUGACUGCUAUAGAGGUCCGAAGAAAAGAUUCAAUUCUCCGGUAUACUAGAAGCAUCAUUUUGAUUCUCUAUCUCUUUUUUUUUCCAUACAGAACACGACCUGGUUGCGCUGCUGGGUAUCGUUCUCCGGCUCUAUCGCGACGUACAGGAACGGCUAAUUUUUCGUGUGCAGAUGUACAUCCGUGACGAAAUUAAGGGCUUCGUGCUCCAGGACGAAAGGCAACUCUCAUACCCCGCGAUGCUCUUUCGCAACUUCGACAAGCCGAACGAAACGCUCGCGGACAUGGAGUACUACCUGGCGAAAGGCAGCUCGAAGGGCAAUUUCGUCACACUCGAGCGCACGCUCCUGGUGCUGUCAAAAAUUUUUCGCGUUUUGGAAAUUUCGACGUUCCAGGGUUUAGCGCAGGAAUCAGUGGAUGCCUGCAUCGGGACCCUGAAGUACUACAGCACGAAGAUCAAGAGCAACAUGGAUGGGCAGCUGUUUCUGAUCAAGCACCUACUCGUGUUGCGGGAACAAGUUGUGUCUUUCGAAUGCGACUUGGUCUGCAAGGAGAAGUUCUUCGAUUUCGCAGCAAUCUACGGUAACGUAAAAGACGCGUUUGCGGAGAUCCGCACCCCAAGCUCCAAGGAUACCAUUAGCAGUUCUCUCGCGUCGACGGUUUCGCGCGCCGCGAACGACCGGGGCGUUCUGCGCGUCUCGGGGAAGUUGUUCCGCAUUCUCACGCCAAAGUUGACGGAAACAAGAAUCGACAGCAAGAAGGACAUGGAAACAGAGUUGCGGAACGCGUGUGAGGUGCUGAUUCAAGAGCAAAUUCAAAGCAUAGCGCUGCCUCUGGUGGAAUUCAACGCGCGCGUCACCGAGGAGAUGGGUAGCUACGGCACCGAGACACGGGAGCAAGUGGUAUGUUACAUGGAUAAGGCUGGUUUAUUUCUUGGCUGAUGUGUCAAGUACAAGACUUUUCUUUUCCAUUCGUUUUACUUCAGAGGAAUCCAGUGACAAUGAAUGAGUCACUUUUUUUUGACGAAUCCAGAUUAUAAUUUGUUGCGAUCAUUCUACUUCAGGCCGCUGCCAAGAGCAAAUCCUUCUUGCAGCCAGCUGCACUGGAGAAGCUGAAUGCGGAUUUCCUGCAGUCUGUGACCAGUAAAGUCCCGCUUUUGUGUGCGAAGAUGCGGAUAUACCUGACCAAUCGCUUCGAAGCGAAUGAGGACGGGUUUGACAGCCACGCGGCGAGUCAGAACUUCAGCACCUUUCACGUGUUGUUCCGCCCGAUCCACGUGUCGCUGGUGGAGUCCGUGGCGCAGCUGUGGAGCCUGUUCCGCGAGUUUGAGAUCCAGCACAGUUUCAUCUCCAAACAGGCCCUAGACGACCAGAUCAGCGACAUGGUGGGCAGGCUGGAGAACAUGGAGUACGGGGAAAUUUUGAAGCAGUUUUUCGCUGAGGAAGUGAAGUAGGAAGGGAGAGGACAGGAGUAGAUCCUACCAGACACACGUGCUGCCAAAAAAGCCGCGGGUGGAAAAGAAUAAACGACGACAUUUUAGCGAUGGUGCGCAUGAAGAUGCCUCGGAAAAUCUAAGGUUGAUGUAAAAUUGAAGCAAAAAGAAAAAAAAAGCGACUCAACACAAGGAAAUGAAGUGGAACAGCGACUAGUGUUGCGUGCCCAUGCGGUGUGC